GGGAGGGAGCGGGGGAGCCGAGCAGAAGAUGCAGCCCGAGUGUGAUGCAGCCGCCCAGCCGGCGUUUGAGCCUCGGGCGGGCACCGUUCCUCCGCUUCCCCCCGUCCCCCGCCCCCCAAUCGGGACACUGUGCUCCCGAGGCUGCUGACACUAAGCGAGAUGGAUGGCUUCACAAACCUGGGGACUGUCGCCCGGGGCAGCACAUCCUUUCAGUCCGGCGUGGUGGGGGGCGGUGAGAGGGGCCUGACCAGACCCAGGAACGGGGGGAGGGGGCGAUAGCAGGGGGUGAGCCGGCAGGAGAUAUAUAGCCCUGACCCGGGCGGGAGGCCACGCAGACGGGUGGCAAGAUGAGCAGCGAGAGCAAGAACCUGGGCACUGGGGCAUCUUCGGACCCAGGGAGGGCGGCGGUGGCGGCCAGUUACCAGCGAUUUGAGCCUGGCCCCUAUCUCCGCAACAACUAUGGACCCCCUCGAGGGGACCUGCGCCAACCAGAUGGCGUGGGACCCUGGAAACUGCGAUGUCUGGCCGAAACCUUUGCCACGGGGGUGGUGACUGGCCAUAGCCUCGUUGAUAUUGGCUCUGGCCCCACCGUGUACCAGCUGCUCAGCGCUUGUGCCCACUUUGAGGACAUCACUAUGACUGACUUCUUGGAGGUGAAUCGUCAGGAGCUGGGGGUCUGGCUGCGACAAGAUCCUGGUGCCUUUGACUGGAGCCACUACAGCCAACACGUCUGCCUCAUUGAAGGCAAAGGAGAGUCCUGGCAGGAGAAGGAGCGCCAGCUUCGUUCCAAAGUGAAGAGGGUCCUACCCAUUGACGUGCACCAGCCCCAGCCGCUGGGUCCUGGGAGCCCAGCCCCUUUGCCCACUGAUGCCCUGGUCUCCACCUUCUGCCUGGAGGCAGUGAGUCCUGACCGUGCCAGCUUCCAGAGGGCCCUGGACAACAUCACGACCCUGCUGAGACCUGGUGGGCACCUCCUGCUCAUAGGAGCUCUGGAGGAGUCCUGGUACCUAGCCGGGGAGGCCAGGCUGUCUGUGGUGCCUGUACAGGAGGGGGAUGUGAGGGAAGCUUUGAGUCGAAGUGGGUACCAGGUUCGAGAUUUCCGAACAUACAGCAUGCCUGCCCGCCUGCAGACUGGUGUCGAUGAUGUGAAGGGCAUCUUCUUCGUUUGGGCACAGAAGACAGUGGCCUGAAGGGCCUGAGCUCUCCAAUGCAUGGUGCCCAUUUGUCUCAGGGUCUGUACUGACCCCUGAGAUGCUGCCUAAAGAAUAGAGUCCCCAUCCUUAGGUGUCUGUAGUCCCUGGGAUUCUCCCAGAGGAGGCAGGGGUGUCUGGAAGCCUCUCUAUGCCAGGCAUGGCGGAGGAGGGAGGAAGGGCACAACUAGCCAUACCCUCAUUCAAUAAAGUUUUCUUUCUUCCUGCUGUCUGCA